GUCAGCAGGUGUGCAACAGGUUUGUCUGUGAUCUUGACUGUUCUUCCUGAACCGGUCUCAGCAGUCUCACCUGUCUCUCCUCCCCUGGUAGUCAGCGGGCUGAGGGAGCAGAACCAUUAACAAUGGAGUCCAGAGCGAAUGAACAAGAGCAUGAUAUGUCCAGGUCUUUCCUGGACGGCGACAACCCAGAAAACAUCAAAACCCCCAACACGACUGCUGAUACAUCUGGAAAUACUCCAGCAACCACUGCCCUCCCUCAACUAUGUGACCAUCAAAUUGAAGAUGAGAAAAUGUCCAACGAUGUCGUCACGUCGGUGUCGGAGGCCGGCUCAGCAGCUGAGGGUGAAGUGGAGGAAUCCAGAGAGGAACCCCCGGCUGCAGAAGAAGAGAGGGAGGAGGGAGACAAGCAGGCAGAGUCUGAAGAGCCUGAGGAGCCAAAACCCUCAACAUCAGGCAGAGGCCGACCGGAUCCUCCGAACAGUCUGGCUUUGUCAGGACGGAAACCAGUGAAGAAGAAAAUCCUGGUGGCUCCAGCUCUCAGCCUGUCAUUAGGUGGCAGCGGCUCAAUGGUCUCUGACGACUUUCCCUCAGCGGUCAUCUCCCCUUCACUUGAAGAUGACGAUGAGGCCAGACUUGAUAUUGACCUGGAUGCCCUGGAGACGCCCUCCGACAGCGAGUCCCUGCACCUCCCCGGCUACGACCUGGAUCUGGAAGAUAACCUGCAGCGUCUCGCCGUCGGGACCCGAGGAGCGUUUGGCUCCAGGUCCAGGUCGGGCUCUCGGGCUGCUUCUCUACCAGGGGAGGAUGUGGUGGACGGCAGGGGCACCAGGUGGCGCUCUUUCUCCAUGGGUGACCCCUCACAGCCCAGCCGUGUCAACAUGAGUGUCCUGGAGCCGUUUCUCAGGGUGCUGUCUCAUGGAGGUUACUACGGAGAUGGUAUGAAUGACAUCAUCGUGUUUUCCUCCUGUUACCUGCCAGAAAACAGUCUGGAGAAUUACCAGUAUGUGAUGGAUAACUUGUUCAGGUUUGUGGUUGGGACUCUGGAGCUGAUGGUGACGGAGAACUACGUGAUAGUGUAUCUUUGUGCUGGAGGUCAGAAGGACAAACUACCAGGAGUCAGCUGGCUGAAGGAGUGUUACACCACCAUCGACCGGAGGUUGAGGAAGAACCUGAAGGGUUUCUACGUGGUUCACCCUAUGUGGUACAUCAAAGCUGUCAUCACCAUCAUCAAACCUUUCAUCAGCUCUAAAUUUAGCAGGAAACUCCAGUUUGUAGACAGUCUUCUGGAACUUUCCAGCUUCGUACCCACUGAACAUGUCCAAAUCCCAGACUGCGUCAGACAGUACGACCAGAACUUGUCCAGGUGAAGCUCCGGGGAUGUUCAGGUGCUUCUCACGCACCAGCACCUUCUUCUUCAAACACCUUUACUCAGUGUUUUUAAAGACCAAUCCCAACAGUAUCAGCCUGGAAAUCUCUCCCCAGAGAUUGCCAACAAGAGCUAACAGUCAUUACAAGUUGUAACCUUAUUGACGAGUUCACUUGUAAACAGUGUUAAAGGUGACUUUUAGUUUAAACAUGAGAGAUUAACCUUCUCUUAGAUGAAUAAAAAAGAGAUGGAAUGAUGUAAUCUAUCAGGAAAGAUGAGCUUCCUGAUUACAAUAUUAUUUAAUUAAUACAUAUAAUUUUAUAACUUACAUUUUGUCAAACUUUAUUUUUAUUUUUUUUAAACAUUUUUCAUUUAACAUUUUGUCAAACUUUUAAAUAAUUCUAAUAAUCAAUUGUCAUGAACUAAGCCACUGACUAACUCUAAAGACUUAAAUAACUGCCAUGGAGAUGCUGUUCAUUUCAAACUCUGCAAAAUACUAUUUUUUAAAUAUAUGUGCAUAAACAAUAUGCUUACUUUAUAAUCUUGUCCAGCCAAGUUAUGAUCUCGUUCUCACAGAUCAUAAACCUGUUGGUGCAAGAUAGAAUCCUUUAAUAAUGACACAUUUUGACUUCUACCAUUCAGCUAUGAAUUGAACGCAUAUCAUUUUUUAAAUUACGGUAUUAUCAAGUGUCAAGGAGAUUUCAGUCUUGUCUGACAAUAUCAAUAAACGUUUUUUACAAACUGAUAAAAGGUAUUUAAGGCUUAUUGUCUCUGCACUCAGUAUUUUUCAAAGCAGAAUGCUCUUGCUAUUCCAUCAAACCACAACGGUUCAGUGCACUGAUGUCAAGUUGCACUGACUCUGCUAUACUGGUCUUUUUUAUUGAGUUAUUCAUUCUCAGUUUGUUCAGUUCUUCCUUCAGUU